UUAUUGCAUGGUGAUCAAUUAGAGACAGCUGCAGUUCUUGUCGUUGCAAUACCUCCUUGUGAUAAUCUCUACAGAACUGGGAAUCAAUCACUGACGAAUCAAGACGAUCAUUGUCAAGUUCUUAAGUGCAACGGUUCCGACAUAUGAUUUAUAGCAUACAGAAUUAACUUUGAUGCCAAGUGUGUGUUUAACUUUGUUAGGUGAUUGAUAUAGUGCAGCACACGGUGUUGGAGUUGCAGGAGAACACCUCGCCCAGAUACGCACAGCCUCCUAACAUGGCGCAAGCCAACCUCAUGGUUCUUGUUGCGACAUCAGUCCUUCUUGGACUUGUCCACUCGCAUGGUCCGAAAGCAUCAUUUGUGAAAAGAUACUGUGACACGUGCCUGCUGGAGACGGGACAAGGCUACUACAGAGUGCCCGGAUAUUGCAACGUCUUCGCCCAUUGCGCAGCCAAAAGCCAGGAGUUGCAGACGUGCGCAGCGGGGACUUUUUUUGAUGGCAAGAAGUGUCGUCAUGCGGUGGACGUUGAUUGUAAAGACGAUCCCUGCAGGCAGCAUCCUCCUGGCUACACUUACUCCGACGGCGCCUACUGCUACGGCUACUACGUAUGUCAGAAACGACGAUCCGUUUACCAUCGCUGUCGCCAAGGCUUUUCUUUCAACGGUAAACGUUGCAUUCCGGAUCGUGCCUGUAAACAAUAUUCGUGGAAACAUCAGGGCGUUGGUUGCCCCCCACAUGUCAACCCCUUCCCCGGGGAUGCCACAAAGUACUACAUCGAGGGGGCGGGCGGGGUGCUGUACAAGAUGCCCUGUCCUUCGGGCCUGCUGUUCAACCCCAAAAAGUGCGUCUGUGACUGGGGAUUUCACCCUCCAAAAUACAGGUGUUCAGCACUAUUCAACUUCAAGUUCACUGGAAACACACUUGACGAAUACAACAAGGCGUCCCUGACAACAUGCGGUCCAGUCACUCCCUAUCAUGAGAAGGCUCAAUUCGGGAAGGGAGGCUACGCUGUUAUCUGGAUGAUGGACGGCCUUGACCUUGACUCGAUGUUUGCCUUGUCCUUCGACUUUCAAUAUCUUGGCAAAGAGAAAGGAGAGGUUGCUCUCUUGGGCAACGAUUUUAAGGACGAUUUGUACUUCACUUUGAAGGUGACCCUUGACACCAUCAGAGGAGAGAUUAUUGCGCGAAUUGAGUGUAAAGAUGGAAGAAAACUGGCCCUUGUUGUCAAGGGCGUGGCACCGAACGUGAAGCAUCGGGUGUGGCUGUCCAAAUACAAGCAUGCCAUACUCCUGAAGGUGGACAACCUACCCUCCGUCAGAGUUAGCCACGCUCCUGGCAUCAAGAUCAAGCAUUCACCUUUAAUCAUCGGCAAGACGCAUGGCUGUAAAGGCUUCGUCGGCUUCAUGGACAAUAUCCGACUGACAAGAUGUCCAGAACAGGUGGCCACGCCUCACAUGUAACGUACAAAUGACGGUUAACCUCGGAUAUUGGAAACCCUUUCCACGACGCUAACAUCAAGCAGCGGCGGCGUUAAGAAUGUUUCUCCACCCAGUGACAUAACCUUUGUGCCAGUUGUUCACUGCUGCCACAGGGAGCUUUGCUCAUACUGUGGUAGUGGCUUAUUUUUCCAAGAACACCCCCUUUACAGUUUCAAUAAAUACACAUAUUUGUCUGGUA